UCCCGCCCGGGGCUGAGAGGAGCCUCGGCCCCCGCCCCUCCCCCACGGCCCGGCGGUGAUCUUUUCUUGUGAGACGAGUGGUUUGCAACUCAUGGCCUCCACAAUGAGUACUGCUGUGUCGUGACACCAGGGGUCUUGUGUGCCCUGGAGAUGCGAGACUUCCCCUGGGCAGCAGGAGGCACGCGUCUAGAGAAUGCUGGAGCUGCAGGAGGGAAGCGCCCAGUGCAAAACCAGAGAGGAGCAAAGAGAAAAAAGGCAAGCAGACAGCCAGCAUUGAGAGAAGCGGGUGGCAGAAAGUGCUUCGACGCUGCCUCUGGCGGCACACUCCCCAGAGGAACUUGACGAGAGCCCAUCUGCGUGCGUGUGAGACUGUGAGCUCAGGAUUUCUGUCAAUGCAUUCCAGUAACCCCAAAGUGAGGAACUCCCCGUCAGGCAACACACAGAGUAGCCCCAAAUCAAAGCAGGAGGUGAUGGUCCGUCCCCCUACAGUGAUGUCCCCAUCUGGCAACCCCCAGCUGGAUUCCAAAUUUUCCAACCAAGGCAAACAAGGGGGCUCCACCAGCCAAUCCCAGCCCUCUCCCUGUGACCCCAAAAGUGGAGGUCCCCCCAAAGUGCUCCCUGGCCCAGGUGGGAGCAUGGGGCUGAAGAAUGGGGCUGGAAAUGGUGCCAAGGGGAAGGGGAAGAGAGAGAGGAGCAUUUCGGCAGACUCCUUUGAACAGAGGGAAGCUGGGACUCCUAAUGACGACCCUGAAAUCAAAGACUGCAAUUCUGCUGAUCAUGUGAAGUCCCAGGAGUCUCAGCACACACCACACUCCAUGACUCCUUCAAAUGCUUCAGCCCCAAGGUCUUCCACACCUUCCCAUGGCCUGACUGCCACUUUGGAGCCAGCAAGUGGGCAGAAGACUCCAUCCAAAGUGGUUUACGUCUUUUCUACUGAGAUGGCCAACAAGGCUGCAGAAGCUGUGCUGAAGGGACAGGUGGAAACCAUUGUGUCCUUUCAUAUCCAGAACAUCUCAAACAGCAAGGCAGAACGAAACACUGUACCCUUGAACCCCCAGAUCACUGCACUUCGGACUGAACCCAAGCCCCUGCCGCAGCCCCAGCCCCCGGCUGCCCAGGACCAGAACCCUCCCCCGAACGCCAAAAUGCAGCCGACUCCACCCGUGUCAGCGCCAGUAUCCAAAUCCACUGGCCCCCCAUGUCCCAUAGAUCAGGACAGUCCCAGCGUGGAAAGCAAAGUGAUGUCUGUGGGCAGCCCUGCCAACUCUACCCCGUUGCAGACAGAAGGAUUUGGGCAGAGUUCGACCCCCAAUAAUCGAGCAGUUAGCCCAGUUUCCCAAGGUAGCAAUAGCUCUGCUGCAGACCCCAAAGGUCCUCCCCAGCAGGUGUCUGGUGGGGACCCAUCCAGUUUGGGCGAGAAUCCGGAUGGACUGUCACAGGAGCAGCUGGAGCAUCGAGAGCGCUCGUUGCAGACCCUGAGAGACAUACAGCGCAUGCUCUUCCCUGAUGAGAAGGAGUUUGCGGGAGGGCAAAGUGGGGGGCCACCCCCAAAUGCUGGGAUGCUGGAUGGUCCCCAAAAGAAACCUGAAGGGCCAAUACAGGCCAUGAUGGCUCAAUCCCAAAGUUUAGGCAAAGGGUCAGGGUCUCGGACAGAUGGAGGUGCUCCGUUUGGCCCUCAAGGACACAGGGACAUGCCUUUUUCCCCUGAUGAAAUGGGGCCGCCACCAAUGAACUCCCAGUCAGGACCCAUAGGCCCAGACCACCUGGACCACAUGACUCCUGAGCAGGUGGCCUGGCUCAAGCUGCAGCAGGAGUUUUACGAGGAGAAGAGAAGAAAGCAAGAGCAGGUGGUUGUGCAGCAGUGUUCCCUGCAGGACAUGAUGGUCCAUCAACACGGGCCUCGUGGGGUGGUCCGAGGCCCUCCCCCUCCCUACCAGAUGACCCCUGGGGAGGGCUGGGGACCUGGGGGUCCAGAGCCCUUCCCUGAAGGCAUGAACAUGUCGCACUCUCUGCCCCCCAGGGGCAUGGCCCCUCAUCCCAACAUGCCCGGGAGCCAGAUGCGCCUGCCUGGUUUUGCAGGAAUGAUGAACCCUGACAUGGAGGGCCCCAGUGUCCCGAAUCCUGCCUCCCGGCCUGGGCUUUCGGGAGUUAGUUGGCCAGAUGAUGUGCCAAAAAUCCCAGAUGGCCGAAACUUCCCUCCUGGCCAGGGUGUCUUCAGCGGCCCUGGCCGAGGGGAGCGGUUCCCCAAUCCACAGGGCCUGCCCGAAGAGCUCUAUCAGCAGCAGCUGGCUGAGAAACAGAUGGGCCUUCCUCCUGGCCUCAACAUGGAAGGCAUCAGGCCCGGCAUGGAGAUAAACAGAAUGAUGCCCUCCCAGAGACACAUGGAGCCUGGGAACAACCCCAUCUUCCCUCGCAUGCCGGUGGAAGGGCCGAUGAGCCCCUCCAGGGGGGACUUUCCAAAAGGAAUACCCCCACAAAUGGCCUCUAGCAGGGAGCUGGAGUUUGGGAUGGGCCCUGGCAGCAUGAAGGGGGACAUGGGCAUGAAUGUCAGCAUGGGCUCCAACCCACCCCUGGUCCCUCAAAAGCUGAGGGAGGCAGGAGUUGGGCCGGAAGAGAUGAUGAAACUGCGCCCCGGCGUCUCAGAGAUGCUCUCUUCUCAGCAGAAAAUGGUGCCACUGCCGUUUGGGGAGCACCCGCAGCAGGAGUAUGGCAUGGGUCCCAGGCCUUUCCUUCCCAUGUCUCAGGGCCCAGGAGUCGGUCUCCGAAAUCUCAGAGAACAGAUCGGGCCUGACCAAAGGACUAACAACCGGCUCAGCCACAUGCCGCCACUACCUCUCAAUCCCACCAGUAACCCUAAUAGCCUCAACACUGCUCCCCCUGCGCAGCGCAGCCUCGGCCGCAAGCCCUUGGAUAUCUCCGCAGCUGGCCAGGUGCAUUCGCCAGGAAUCAACCCCCUGAAAUCCCCCACGAUGCGCCAGGUCCAGUCUCCCAUGAUGGGGUCUCCCUCGGGGAACCUCAAGUCCCCUCAGACGCCCUCCCAGCUGGCAGGAAUGCUUGCGGGCCCCACUGCCGCAGCUGCCGCUGCCUCCAUUAAGUCCCCCCCUGUCUUGGGGUCUGCUGCUGCUUCUCCUGUCCACCUCAAGUCUCCGUCUCUCCCCGCACCUUCUCCCGGAUGGACUUCGUCUCCAAAGCCUCCUUUGCAGAGCCCUGGGAUUCCCCCGAACCACAAGGCAUCUCUCACCAUGUCUUCUCCAGCCAUGCUGGGGAAUGUGGAGUCGGGUGGUCCACCUCCUUCCACAGUCAGCCAGUCUGCUCCUGUGACUCUCCCUGGAAAUCUUCCCUCUAGCAGUCCUUACACAAUGCCUCCAGAGCCGACCCUCUCCCAGAAUCCCCUCUCCAUUAUGAUGUCCAGGAUGUCCAAAUUUGCCAUGCCCAGCUCUACACCGCUCUAUCAUGAUGCCAUCAAAACUGUGGCCAGCUCGGAUGAUGACUCCCCUCCAGCACGCUCCCCAAACUUGCCACCUAUGAACAGCGUACCAGGAAUGGGCAUUAAUUCUCAGAAUCCUCGAAUUUCAGGUCCAAACCCAGUGGGUCCAAUGCCAACCCUUAGCCCAAUGGGAAUGACCCAGCCUCUUUCCCAUAACAACCAGAUGCCCUCUCCAAAUGCUAUGGGACCCAAUAUACCUCCUCAUGGGGUCCCUGUGGGACCCGGCCUGAUGUCACACAACCCGAUGAUGGGGCACGGUUCCCAGGAGUCUCCAAUGGUACCUCAAGGACGCCUGGGCUUCCCACAGGGGUUCCCUCCCGUACAGUCCCCUCCACAGCAGGUGCCAUUUCCACACAACGGGCCCAGCGGUGGACAAGGCAACUUCCCAGCGGGAAUGGGCUUCCAUGGAGAAGGACCUCUGGGGCGUCCUACCAACCUGCCCCAAAGUUCGACAGAUCCAGCACUUUGCAAGACUGGAGGCCCUGGCGGUCCAGACUCCUUCACUGUUCUUGGAAACAAUAUGCCUUCGGUUUUCACUGAUCCAGAGCUGCAGGAGGUGAUCCGUCCUGGAGCCACAGGAAUACCCGAGUUUGACCUGUCCAGGAUUAUCCCGUCGGAGAAGCCUAGCCAGACACUACAGUAUUUCCCUCGUGGGGAGGUGCCAGGCCGCAAGCAGCCGCAGGGUCCUGGGCCUGGGUUCUCCCACAUGCAGGGGAUGAUAGGAGAGCAGACCCCGAGGAUGGGACUAACGUUGCCUGGCAUGGGGGGCCCCGGGCCAGUGGGAACUCCGGAUAUCCCUCUUGGGACGGCUCCGUCCAUGCCAGGUCAUAACCCGAUGAGACCGCCUGCCUUCCUGCAGCAAGGCAUGAUGGGGCCGCACCACCGCAUGAUGUCACCAGCACAAACGGCGAUGCCUGGCCAGCCCGCACUAAUGAGUAACCCUGUGGCCGCCGUGGGCAUGAUCCCAGGCAAGGACCGAGCCCCCGCAGGGCUGUACAGCCACCCGGGCCCUGUCGGGUCACCUGGUAUGAUGAUGUCAAUGCAGGGCAUGAUGGGACCCCAACAAAACAUCAUGAUUCCCCCCCAGAUGAGGCCCCGAGGUAUGGCUGCUGACGUUGGCAUGGGAGGAUUUAGCCAAGGCCCUGGAAACCCAGGGAACAUGAUGUUUUAAGCUGCUACCAUAAGACUGGAUGUUCUGAUCCUUGUCAAGAUGAGAUUCCAAGUCCUGAGGGCUUUUUUGGGAGCUUCAGGAGUACAGUUUGGCCAUGCAAUAGGUGAAAAGAGACCAGAGGACGCUUUGGGAAAUCUCGAAUGUAUGGAAUUACCUGAAAAAAAAAUUAUUCAUUUUAACAGGUUGUUUUUUUUUUAAGAUUUAUUUUUUAAAAAUUAUUUUUGUGGACUUGGGUAUCCCGUGAUGGCACCUGCUUUGAGAAUCUGUAGCUGUAUUUUGAGAAUUGCCAUUUGUCACAAGUUGCACCAUUCUCUGUAUGUUUACGUCCUUCGGACUGGCUUCUCCCAGGACUCUCGGUUAUUUUUGGGGUUUUUUGUGUACUGUACUAUAUUGUAAAAGGGAUUUUAGCAGAGACUUUAGUCUUUGGGGUGAGAGGAGAAUGGGAUUCUAGGCUGUUUACUUUAGGUGGAGAAUCCAUCUUCAGAACUUCGGACUAUUUUCCUUCAACUCCAAUGUAUAGAAAAACCAAACUACGACCUCAGAGCAGAGUAUUAAUGAAAAGCACAAAAAGGAACUUAAGUUCAGUGAGGGGAAUCUUUUAAAAGAAAUAAAUAAUAAGUUAAGGACAUAUUUUUCAAAUUAUGGCGUGCUGUCCAGCACCUUCUGUCUCUCCCUCCCACUCUUUAUUAAAUAGGCUUCUCUCUCUCUCCGUCCCCCUUCUGUCUCCUCCUAUGGCAGCUGCAAUACAUUGUGUUAUUUUGGGGAGUAAAUCUAGGAGAGCCUCUCCUCAUGUGGGGACUCUUCCCACUUUUAGGAAGGGGCUGGACUUGGACACUGUUACAUCCUACAGUAGUCUCUCACUGUUUCCUAUUCUCCUUUUCUUAGAAACCCCAAGUGAUUUUAUUAAUGUGGGAGUGGAACAGACACUAAAAGUUAUCCAGGAUUUUUUUGUGGUUAUUUUUUUUUCCUCCCCAGCGUAAAACGUUCUGUGUAACCUCCAUUAAAUUUGGUACAAAACCACUCGCCAGGGCUGUGGUGUCAGAAAAAUAAAAUAUAUUGUUUCUU